CCCGUCCGCCUUUCUCAUCUUCCGGACUUCCACCACGCCUCGAGACGUGCAAUUUUCCUAUAUAUCUCCCUUAAUCUUCUUCUUAUCCUUCGUUUGCUGCCACCAUGGUCUCCCUCAACAUCCGCCGCUUCUCCAACCCCGUCGCCACCACCGCCGUCUCUGAGCCGUCGACACCGGAGGCCAAUAAGACCUCUGGCACGACGACUGUGAGCGAAACGCCACGCCGGCCCCUCAGCAUCGCCAGCGUCGCGAACCUCUUCCUCAAGAUGCGCCACCAUAAGGAGCAGGCGACGGUGGCGAAGCCGAAUCAGGUCACCUCGACCAGCGGGGAUGCCCCGAUCUCGCAUGCGGGCAUCGCGGAGAACCUGACGACGUCGAAGCGCCUGCCGCUGCAGCAGCACGACGAGUACGUCUGCACGGGCGGCGUCAACGCCGCCGUGCUCCUGCGCGCGACGCGCACGCAGCUGAUGCAGACCGCGGAGCUACUGGGCGCGAACGCCCUCGUUGAUGAGCACUGGGAAGUCACCAUAACGUGCCCGAAGAACAAGCGCUCUGGGUCGUAUAGGGUUGUCGUGACCUACACCGCCAACGCUACGCGCUCGUCUGCCCGCGACCCGCGCAAGCCCGUCGCCUUGGAGCAGGCUAAGGGCGUCGACGGCCUUAUGACCAUCGUCCGGCGCAACGAAGAUUAAGACGCUUCGCCGCCUGUCCAUACCUCCCCCUUCGUCUUCACCGAACCCCCUUGGACCAUAGUCCACCCCCAUCUUCCCCUCCCUACCCUUCAUCCCUCUCCCGACGGAUUCUAAUCAUUGUCGCAACUCGCGCCCCAGGUUUACGGAACUGAAUAUAAGAAUCGGCUGUAUAGUUUGUUACCUCACGGACCUACUCUCCCUACUGGCGUUGUCCUUCUCCUACUGGUGUUAUCCUUCUCCCACGGCACGAACACGCUCUUUACUAUUCGCAGUCUGUACCAUAACUUAUUGUACAUACCCCGCCGUACUCGGCGCACGGACUCUGGCCUACAGUAUCUUUCGGAUCCUACACAUAAUAUUAUAUCUUGUCUGCCCUUUGGGAGCUUUUGUAUCCA